AGAUUAACGGACAGGGGGAGAGAGAGAGCGUGACGGGGAGAGGAGGUGGUGAUCAGCAUAACAGUUCUCGCAACACCGAGGCCAGAAUUCAUCAUUUUUAACAAAAGGAAGACGUUUGGGUUUAAAUUGGGGAUUUCAAUUGGCUGAGCUGCGAUGCAAUUGGCCAGUGUGCAAGCACGGCCCCGUCGGGCGGCUGAGGAGAGAGAAGAGCCGCCUCCAGGCCCCGUCCCUCCCUCCACUCAUCACUCUGACCACCAGUUCAAGAAUAUGAAGAGCAAGUUCUUCAACGAACUCACCCACAUGCCAAAUCAUAAACUCAAAAUUCCCAUGUGGGCAAUAGGAGCGAUAGUGGUGGUGGUGCUGGCUCUGGUGGCCUGUCUAGGUUUCUGUAUCUGGAAGAAGUGCAUCAACAAGGGCAAGAAGCCCAAGAAAGCACGCGAGAGGAAAGGAGGCCGAGGCAGAAGAAAGAAGGAGGGAGCCGGAGAAGGAGAGGAGGGCAAGGAAGGAGAAGGUAAGGAAGGAGAGGAGGAGGAAAAAGAGAAUUUCGGAAAACUGGAGUUCACCCUGGACUACAACUUCACUGACAACCAGCUGAUUGUGGGUAUCCUGCAGGCGGAAAACCUGCCAGCCAUGGACAUGGGCGGCACCUCAGACCCCUAUGUCAAGGUCUACAUGCUGCCAGACAAGAAGAAGAAGUUUGAGACCAAAGUCCAGCGCAAGAAUCUCUGCCCAGUGUUCAAUGAAACCUUCAUCUUCAAGAUCCCCUACCAGGAGCUGGGCGGUCAGACUCUGGUCCUACAGGUCUUUGACUUUGAUCGCUUUGGUAAACACGACGUGAUUGGACAGAUCUCCAUCCCCAUGAACAGUGUGGACCUGGCUCAGCCACUCCACGAAUGGAGGGAUCUGGUUGGAGGAGAGAAAGAGGAGGUAGAGAAGCUAGGGGACAUCUGUAUCUCUCUGCGCUACGUCCCCACGGCCGGUAAAUUGACCAUCAACAUCAUGGAGGCCAAGCACCUGAAGGCGAUGGACUGCGGAGGCUUGUCAGAUCCCUUCGUUAAAGUUGUGCUGCAGCACCAAGGCAAGCGGCUGAAGAAGAAGAAGACAACAGUCAAACAGAACACUCUGAACCCCUACUUCAACGAAAGCUUCAGCUUCGAGAUUCCAUUUGGCCAAAUACAGAAAGUCCAAGUGUUGAUCACAGUGUACGAUUACGACAAGCUGGGCAGCAACGACGCCAUCGGGAAGGUUUGGAUCGGCUUCGGUGCCUCAGGGGUGGGCCUUCGCCAUUGGUCAGACAUGCUGGCCAAUCCAAGACGUCCCGUAGCCCAGUGGCACGCCCUGUGUCCUGAGGAGGAGGUGGACGAGGCCCUGAAGAAACCCAUCCGCUAAACGUACACUGACACGUCAUUGAACAUUCUUGUACAUGUUAAAACAAACAACAUAAGACACAACAACCCACCUGACAUUUCUGAUAAUUUUUUCUGGCACUCUCUCCUUCCUUAUUAUUCUCCAUAGAAAAUCAAAAGAAUACUUAUUUUGCAUAUGAACUAAUUGUACUCUUUGUUUUUACUUUUCUGUCCCUUUUGACCAUUUUGAUGUUAAGUUAUGAGUAUGGCUGACUGUUUUGUGCUUUUGUGUAUGAAUGUGUGCACGUGUGUCUGUGCGCGUGUGUUAGUAUUAAACCAUAGUUCAUGAAAGCUUUCUAUUAUUUAUCUCCUGAAUGUAAUGUGAGCGGUUGUAAAUGGAUGGAUGGUCAGAUAGAUUUGCAACCUUAAGUAUUUAUUUAUUUAACCCUUAUUACAGAUGAGUCCUGAAAUACAUUCGAUCACACCGACAGCGUCAUUGCAUUUUGGUACACCAGAAUUAUUUUCCAAUGAAACACUGCGUUUGCCUUGCAGUAUUGCUUUGCAGAGGCAGUUGCAGUGUCGGUGUGGUGCACACUUUGGAUUUAUCAAACAUAUGCGUCAAACUGUAUAUGUAGACAGCUUAACACGUUGUAUUUACAACUUGAGCAGCUGAGCAAAAUCUGUGGGAUGGCUGGAUAAUUUCUACGUCCUCUUCCCUCCCCACACCCACACCCUCCCUCCCUGUCUGUCUGUCGGAUGGACGCACUGGACUGGCCUCAGCCAAACAUGUGAGCAGGGAUUUAGAGAGAGAGGAGGGGGGAGGAGGAGCUGGGGAAGAUAUACAGUGCCAGUCAAAAGUUUGGGCACACCUACUCAUUGAAGGGUUUUUCUUAAUUUUACUAUUUUCUACAUUGUAGAAUUAUAGUGAAGACAUGAAAACUAUGAAAUAACACAUAGUAGUAACAAAAAAGUGUGAAACAAAUCAAAAUAUAUUUAAUAUUUGAGAUUCUUCAAAGUAGCCACCCUUUGCCAUGAUGACAGCUUUGCACAUUCUUGGCAUUCUCUCAACCAGCUUCAUGAGGUAGUUACCUGGAAUGUAAUUCAAUUAACAGGUGUGCCUUGUUAAAAGUUCAUUUGUGGAAUGUAUUUCCUUCUUAAUGCGUUUGAGCCAAUCAGUUGUGUUAUGACAAGGUAUGGGUGGUAUACAGAAGAUAGCCCUAUUUGGUAAAGGACCAAGUCCAUAUUAUGGCAAGAAGAGCUCAAAUAAGAGAAAUGCCAAUCCAUCAUUACUUUAAGACAUGAAGGUCAGUCAAUGAAGAAAAUUUGCAGUCGCAAAAACCAUCAAGUGCUAUGAUGAAACUGGCUCUCAUGAGGACCUUCACAGGAAAGGAAGACCCAGAGUUACCUCUGCUGCAGAGGAUAAGUUCAUUAGAGUUACCAGCCUCAGAAAUCAUCAAUUAAUUGCACCUCAGAUUGCAACCCAAAUAAAUGCUUCACAUAGUUCAAGUCACAGACACAUCUCAACAUCAACUGUUCGGAGGAGACUGUGUGAAUCAGGCCUUCAUGGUCGAAUUUCUGCAAAGAAACCACUACUAAAGGACACCAAUAAGAAGAAGAGAUUUGCUUGGGCCAAGAAACAUGAGCAAUAGACAUUAGAACGGUGGAAAUCUGUCUUUUGGUCUGAGGAGUCCAAAUUUGCGAUUUUUGGUUCCAACGACCAUGUCUUUGUGAUACGCAGAGUAGGUGAACGGAUGAUCUCCGCAUGUGUAGUUCCCACUGUGAAGCAUAGAGGAGCAGGUGUGGUGGUGAAAAUGUCAAUGAUUUAUUUAGAAUUCAAGGCACACUUAACCAAAAUGCUUACCACAGCAUUCUGCAGCGAUACUCCAUCCCAUCUGGUUUUUGCUUAGUAGGACUAUCAUUUGUUUUUUCAAUGACCCAAAAAUACACCUCCAGGCUGUGUAAUGGCUAUUUGACCAAGAAGGAGAGUGAUGGAGUGCUGCAUCAGAAGAACUGGCCUCCACAAUCACCCAACCUCAACCCAAUUGAGAUGGUUUGGGAUGAGUUGGACUGCAGAGUGAAGGAAAAGCAACCAACAAGUGCUCAGCAUAUGUGGGAACUCCUUCAAGCAUUCGAGGUGACUACCUCAAGAAGCAGGUUGAGAGUGUGCCAAGAGUGUGCAAAGCUGUCAUCAAGACAAAGGGUAACUAAUUUGAAGAUUCUGAAAUAUAAAAUAUAUUUUGAUUAAUUUCUAUAUAUAUAUAUAUGUAUAUAUAUACAGAGAGAGAGAGAGAGAGAGAGCAAGAAAGAGGAAGAGCUAGAUGAAGAAAAGAUGCAUGACAGAGGAGAUAAUCAUAACUGUAAGAUAUCACGUAAAAAGGGAGAUAGAGGAGAAUAUUAAUUAAUUAAGUUAGAGGGCAAGCUUUCCAAGCUCUAACUUAAACAAGUCAUUCAACAAAAUCACUGCUACUAGCAUUCAGCAGUGGCAGUUUGGUGACAAGAGUUAAGGCUCUAUUCAAUCCGUAUUGCGGAAAUUCAGUGUUACAGCGUUUGCGUUUACAGUGUUUUGAUUGAAAUUUAAAGACAAUGUUCUUGCGUUAGCGGAAACCGCAUUCACUGUAAAUGCUGCAUAUGUCGGCUCAAUCAGAAAUGACCUUUACAUUUCUAUCGCAGAAUCUGUUAUGCUUCAGUGAUACAGAUUGAAUGGAGCGUGUUUGUUUAUGUGUUCCUCCACACAUGUGAGACAGACAGUGUCAUUACUGAGCUCUCUGCAAGUAGAUCAAGCCUAUAAUUCCCUUCUGCCUGUCUAGUAUGUAGUGAUGAUUACUAGUGUCUGCUGUAAUAAUGGUUUCUAGUGUCAGGUAAUAUGUGUGUUGUGUGUUUAAACCAAUGAGUGUGUCUAAUUAGUGCUUAUACAUCUCUCCAGCAGAGGGCAUCGUUUCCCUAGUUGAGUAAUGUGGGAGCAGGAUGACGUUGGCCAGCCUAGACACUGAUACAAGGUCGAUUUUGAGUCAUUAUACUUCUCCCAGGCUCCCAAUAAAGUAAUA